AUGUUUCAACUUGAUUCCAAGGUCAUGACACUAAAUCUCAAAUGCCCCAUUAACCAGCACAACAACGCACAACGCACUCAAGAUAAAUACAAUGGCGUGACAGCUCGCGACGACAGGGCUAGUUUCGAGUCCCCACCUUUCUGGCCAGCCCCGUGUUUUAUGGCCCUGGCGACGUUUGAGACCUGGCUGCAUCAUAAGCUAUCACUCACCUGCAAGCAAAAGAAAUUUGUGUGGACGUGCGUUCCCGGGCUUUUAAGCAUGAGCCAGUUAGGGUUAAAAUGUGAUCUGUUAACUAUCUGCCUGCAUGAACCCGCAUAUAUCUACAUGCCCUCAGAAUACCAACCUCGCAUGUCAAUGAUAGUUGGUGCAUAUAUAGGGAGCUAG